CGAUAAGGGACGCGAAGAUGGACUGGAUGAGAAGGCAGGACAUCAAGGAGGAGUCACCGGAAACUCCUACCGCUCUGACGCCGGAUGAGCCUGACGAGUGCUAUUGCGAGGAAGACACCUCGAUAGACGAGGGCAUGGGUCUGGACAAUGUGAGCUCAGCGACCCUCAGGCCUUUCAACUCGGACAUCAACACACCGAGGAUCGACAGCUAUAGGUUCUCCAUGGCGAAUCUAGAAGAUUCUCAGGAUGUCGAUCUGGAUGCCAUACUCGGCGAGCUGUGCGCUCUGGAGCGCCGCUGCGACGGUGACAUCGCUGCUACACCUGCGUCGGACACGCAGAGACAGGGUCGACCUAACAGCACCAGGAUCACGGCUGGAGACAAUACCGACAUCAGCAAGAAUGAAGGAGCUAUGCGCACCGACAGUCCCGACAAUGACAGCGCAUUCUCGGACACGGUGUCGAUGUUGUCCAGCGAGAGUUCCGCGAGCAGCAGCGGUUCCGGGCACAAACCACCUCAGACCGCCAUGCACACAGGCCCUCAGCAACAGUCUCACCAACUUAUGGACACUGCCAGCAAAGUUAAGGCAGAGAAAAUCCUCUUGGCUCUGGAGAAGAUGCGCGAGGCGAACAUUCAGAAACUCUUCAUCAAAGCGUUCACAUUGGACGGCAGUGGCAAAAGCUUGCUCGUAGACGAGGGAAUGAGCGUAGCUCACGUGUGCAGGCUUCUCGCCGAUAAAAAUCACGUGCCAAUGGAUCCAAAGUGGGCGGUAGUCGAGCAUUUGCCAGAUCUUUUCAUGGAGAGGGUGUACGAGGAUCACGAGUUGCUGGUAGAAAAUCUUUUGCUGUGGACCAGAGACUCGAAGAACAAGCUGCUUUUCGUCGAGAGGCCAGAGAAAACUCAGCUAUUUUUCACACCGGAAAGAUUCCUCCUGGGUCCGUCUGAUAGGAAUAGCGGCGAAUACGACGAUCAUUCGCGUAAUAUUCUCCUGGAGGAAUUCUUCUCUAGCAGCAACGUCGGUGUACCAGAGGUCGAGGGACCGCUGUAUCUGAAAUCUGAUAGCAAGAAGGGUUGGAAGAGGUACCACUUCAUUCUCCGAGCAUCCGGCCUCUACUACUGGCCAAAGGAAAAGGCUCGUACUGCGCGCGACCUGGUUUGUCUGGCUACGUUCGACGUGAAUCAAAUCUACUACGGCAUCGGUUGGAAGAAGAAGUACAAAGCACCGACAGAUUUCUGUUUCGCCGUGAAGCAUCCUAGGCUGCAGCAGCCAAAGUCCACGAAGUAUAUUAAAUUCCUUUGCGCGGAGGAUAACGCGUCCUUGGAACGAUGGAUGGUCGGAAUAAGGGUGGCCAAGUACGGGAGACAGUUGAUGGAGAACUACAGGACUCUGGUUGACGAGCUUGCACAAGAGGAUCUCGAUAUGCUGGCACACGCAAGGUCCUGUUCAGUUAGCUCGAUCGCUGUGCCGGCUCAGAAUCAGACCCAGUACAACACGACCAACGACAACGCUCGCCAGUUCACAGAGAAUUCCAGGCACAACGUGGACGUGGCUAAUACCAGACAGUACGACGGCCAGAGGCAAAGUUACAAUUCCGAGCAACGACAGAGUUACAACAACGACGGCAGGCUGAGCAGAGCCAGCAGCUCGAGUUCCAGCGGAUGUUUGUCCGAUGGAGCACCAAGCAGUUGCGAGGUAGCGUUCGAGUGUGGCGAGUUUCCAACGGGCACGAUAAAGAGGAAGCCCUCGAUGAACCCGAAAUUGCCCCUCACAUCGAUCACGAGGCAGUUGAAAGAAGUUGGCGAGACAGUUCGCGACGAGCCUGACUCUUGUCCAAGUCCAACGAGUUCGGGAUCGGGAACGUUGACCAGAAGGCACAGUCGUAGAAGGAGCGGCACCGAUUCGGAUGGAUCUGGAACGUUGAAGAGACAUCAUCGAUCUGGUAACGCGACUCCCGUCAGUCCUAUUCCUCCUGGCACACCGGUUAGAGAAAGGGCAAGUCCUAUGGGGUACAACAGAACGGAGAUUCAGGAAUCGAAGACGCCUACCAGUCCGAUACCAUCGUGUAUGAUGGAUUCGAUUACUUCGUUACCACCGCCGCCGUCACCGUCAAGAGUCGCAGAAGAAACAGAAUCCGACAACGAGCCACUUCCUCCGCCUCCACCGGAGAUGUUCCGGUCAAAUCUCUCCUUGGAUUCUCUGCCACCGCCCCCAGCACCUGGUGAACUGCCAGUGUGCAACACUCCAGAACUCACCGGUUCUUCGUUGAGUCUAGCGUCACUUCCGCCACCUCCGAGUCCUCUGGUUGGCGAAACGGGAACGAUUCGACGCGCAAGGCCCAAACAGUCGACUCCGACGAAUUCCGUGACUCCUGAGAGCACGCCAACGCACACGCCGUCGAGGCCGUCGAACAAUCAACAGAUGUACUCGAGCGCGAGCAAUGCAACGAUGCAGAACAGCCAGAAUUAUAAUUCGAACGCGCAGAAUUCGCUCCACGCGAAUAACAUCGGAAAUCCGGUGCCCUCUCCGCAUAGUUCCUAUCCAGGAUCCAGCGCGAGCACGCCAACGUACGCUCCAAGUUCGCCAAACUUCGCCUCACCUCCGCCAUUCGUUCCUCCGCCGGCGUACGGCUCUCAGCAGCAGCACAACAGCAGUUCCAGCUUGACGAGACAAAACUCGAAGGCCGAAUCGAUAUACGGAAGCCACCAACCGAUCCACCAGCACAACACAAUUCAACCAAUCAGGCCAAACCCGAAUAUGGACACCGUACGACGAAGUGCCAUGAAGCAAGGCUCGGGCCAUUACGCGGCUCCGCCUUAUCUAGCAGAAUUGAAGGCUGCUUCCAGUCCCCAGCCACAGCGUAGGGUGACCAUUCAAGAACCACCAACGUCGCCGAAAUCGAAGACUGGAACCGGUAAGAAGAUCACGUUCAAUCUUCCGCCUCAGAGGAAACCCAUGCCACCGAGAAGAUCGGACAGUACGAGGCUCACGUCACCCAAGAAGCUUGCCGCGUCCGAUCAGGCGCCUCCUGGUGAUUUCUUGAAGGAUCUCCAGCGAGUGAUGAGGAAGAAAUGGCAAGUGGCGCAGAAAUGCAAGUUAGAUUCGACCACGACCCCGCACGAAGUGCUCGGUUUCCGUGAUCCACCACCUGCCGUGGCUGACUACAGGGAAACCAACGUGUCGAAUUGGGUGCAGGAACAUUACGGGGCCGAUAAUCUGUACGAGAACGUCUACGCGACAGAUCCUCACGCUCCUGUGGAGUACGCUUCCAGUCCAGCUCGGCAAACCACUGUCAGGUUCGCCGAUGAUAAUCGUAGCAUCAGUAUCGUGAACGCCAUCGCUAACAAAAGAAGGCCACCUCCACCACCGCCGAAAAGGGCAGAGACCACACAUCUGACCACCACCAGGGCGAUGCACUGACAAUAGCAGAUACUUCAACCCCAUCCCGAAAGGCGAUGGUUUUGCUGUUUAUGCAGCUGGUGGAAGGACUAAGAGA